AGGUUAUUUUGAAACGAAUACCAUGGUAAACGAUGGCAGCAUCUAAAAAUCAUAAUUUACAGUGAUUUUUAUUUUGAAUAUGAUGAACUUACAUCCACAUUAAAAUUUCUAAAUGUCCAAAACCAACUCACACUGUAAGGUUUUUGAAGAUUUGAAGCCAUUUUUUAAAAUUGCUUCAUCUUUUCAUACCAAGAAUAUAUGUUAAUUACAAAUUGUAAGGUUAACGAAAAUGGCUUUUAUGUGUAAAGAUUAGUUCGAGCGUAUGGAAGUUUCCGUAAAUUAAAUAUACAUGUUCUUUAAGCUGAUCUUUCUGCAGAAUAUUUUUAUCAAUUUUGGUACACCGUUUUAUUUGUUAUAUCAGUGGAUUCUUCCUUUAUUACUAAAUAAAAAAUGAGAAGAUAAAUAAUUAUUGAAAUAUUGAUAAUCAAUAUUUAUCCUUGUUAUGGUCAUAUUGAAAGGUUUUAACUAUAUUGCAUGGUUAUUCUCAAGUGCAAAUGAUUAAGGAAUUAUAAAAAAUGAAUUUUUGUACAAUUUGUGGAUAAAUCAAUUACUCGCGGUAUUAACCGCAUUUAUUUAAAGCAAAUAGUAUUAGAGUUAACUCUGAGAACACUUCGAAAAACUAAGUUCGUUGUUUCAGACCAGGUUCACUUGACACUUGAAUUCAAAAGAAAAUGGUUGCAUUUGAGAAUGUUUCGGAGCACAGCUCUGGUAGCGAUCAACCAUACUGCAUGUCUUACUCCUUGUUCAUAAUUCAUAUCGCCUGCUCCUCAGCUAUUUUUGUAAUCGGAGUCAUCGUCAAUGUUUUCAGCAUCAGGGCCAUCAUCCGACUAAAGUUGUUUCGGGAUACCUCGGUCAUCUUCACUCUUCAUCUGAUGACCGUCAACCUCGUAGCAUGCACUUUAGGGAUGGUCGUUGCCGUAGUGAACUCGAUCCGCUACACUGGAAUAAAAGAUACUUCGUGUAGAGUAAGUGGAUACAUCAUUUUCGUCCUAAUUGGAGUCAAAAUGUGCAAUAUAACAUUAAUUUCCGUGAGUACAUACUUAAACGUUGCGCAUUACGUUUCUGUAAAAUUAUUCUUUUCUAAAACUCGUAAUGUUGUACUUUGCCUUGUUUUCACGUGGACCCUGCCUCUAUUUAACCUUUCUCUGCCUUUGACGGAAGUCUGGGGUGAGUUCAUUGUGAUGAAACAUGCGCCGUGGUGUUUUCCCUUGUCGGGAGGGUACGGAACAUACCUCGUGUGUUUUUCACUCGUGGGCACUAUGUCGACGCUCUUUAUUUCGUACAUAGGAAUUUUGAGAACUGUUUUACAGAGCAGGCGAAAAGUUGGAGGCAAACCGGACCCUACGAACAAGAAAAAAAACAGUAACGAACGACAAUUGAUUAUCUCCGUCAUCAUCAUGGUGACGUCAUAUACCAUUCUAUUCCUGCCGACAUGUUUACUUCCAGUUGCAGACCCAAAUUACAGUCUUGGCAUUUACGUACAUGUAAUUUUUACGUAUUUUAUGUCAUCAUCUAAUAUUAUAGAAACGCUAAUCUAUUCUAUUCUGCACUCGAAAAUAAGAAAUGCAAUCAAAUUGAUAAUGAUGUGCAGAAAAUUAUAGUCAUUUUAUGCUUUACUGAUUUGCUGGUUUUUUUUUUUAUUUCAUAGCUUUGCGCAUAGAGAGAGAGAGAGCGUUUAGUUGAACGAGACUAAUUAUGAACAUGUUGAUUUAAAAAAUACAAAUUUAACGUAGAAUUUUAGGAAACUAAAUGUUAUUGAUG